AAUGCGAAAAGCCACUGUUUAUCCAGCUAUAUAAAUACAACAAGGACCAUCAUUCAACAUUCCUAGUUUGAUUGAUAAGCGCGGUUUGUUUUCCACCGUGCUAUCGUUGUCUUUUUCUGGUAGCCAUUAUUCGGUUUCCCUCCCCUCCGCCAUGAUGUUGAUAGGAGGGGCAAUGGGUGGAUGCUUUGCCCCGCUACGUUUGACAAAAUAUCAGCAUUAGAUUGAGCAAAAUGGGUCGUUUGGAACGCACUUUACAUCGCUACUUCCUCCGCAGUGUUCCGGAUGACGACUGAUUCGCAGUGUUACUACGGAGCCGAGUAUCAUCCGAUUCAGUUCGGAGAUUAGCGCCUUUAAAAUCGGAGCUAGCUCUUCCUCGCUGUCCACCCUUGCAUUCUUGGGUGUUCUGCCUCGGGAAUGUUUUCCAAAAAGCCUCAUGGGGACGUUAAGAAAUCAACACAGAAAGUGUUGGACCCGAAGAAGGACGUAUUAACCAGACUCAAGCACCUCAGAAUAGUCAUAGAAAAUGCAGAGUCUACUGAGCUGAAGCAGUUUUUCGACCUGAACUACUCCCACAUUUAUUAUGUCUUCUUUGAAAACUUCGUCACCAUCGAGGGCAGCCUCAAGCAGAAAGGUCACAAAUCUCAGCGGGAGGAGCUGGACUCAAUUCUCUUCAUCUUUGAGAAAAUACUGCAGCUGUUACCAGAGCGAAUCCAGAGCAGAUGGCAGUUCCACAGCAUCGGGCUGAUCUUGAAGAAGCUGCUGCACACUGGGAACUCUCUAAAGAUUCGUCGGGAAGGCGUACGUCUCUUCUUGCUGUGGAUGCAAGCACUGCAGAGUAAAGCAAAGCGCGAGCAGCUCUGCAUGUUUGCCUGUUUGAUACCAGGCUUUCCUGCACCAUUAAGCAACGGCACUCCACGCACCCUGGACAACCUGAUCAACCCACCGUUGAACUUAACGGAGACUCAGGUGACACCAGAAGAAAUAACUCCACUGGUCCCUCCCCAAUCUGGUGACAAGAACCAGGAGGACCUCACUGCCUAUUUCCUCGAGGCCCUUCUGAAAUACAUGGGAAACCGGGCCAAAUCUCUGGAGUGGCGUUGCAAAGAGAACCAUGAACGAGGCUUUAGCUUCCUCUUUGAUCACUUCAGAAAGUUUUAUCUCCCGCACAUUUUUCCAAACUUUGCAAAAGAAACCAACCUGUACAACCCCAUCCUGGACGUUCCCCCUAUGCGCUCCAAACCGUACUACAGUGUAGUACGCAGAGAUCAGGAUGGUGGUGAAGUCCUGUACUGCACAAAGGAGAAUUUCCUACAGGCCAGGGUCAUCUUCAUCCGCUGGCUUGUUUACUUCUGGUUGGAGCCAAGGCCCAACACCCAAACACUCAUACCUGGAUCUGAAGGUGAAAAUGUGCCCAAGAACAUACAGAGAGCUGCUGCAGGACUGGCUUCUCGCUCUGCAGGAUGCUCAGAGGAGGUCGGCGUUGUUGGGAAUCGAUCUGACCACCACCUAGAAGGAAACAGUGGGUCAUCUGGAACGGGAUCCAUCAGUAUGGGUUUCAGUGGUGGCCCUGGGCCGGGAGGCGAGCCAGAGCAGAGCCAUUCAAAUACAUCCACAUUGACUGAGAGGGAACCAAGCUCCUCUUCACUUUGCUCCAUGGAUGAGGAGCAGCUAACUGACAUGGAGGUGGUGAGGAGAGUGCUGACCUGCUCCAGAUCCAACAUCAACUUCAUCACCGAGAUCUUCAGACAGGCUUUUCUGCUUCCUAUGUGUGAAGCUGCUGCAAUGCGCAAGGUGGUGCGGGUUUACCAGGAGUGGAUCUCCAUGGAGGACAAACCAGUAUUUAUGAGGGAGCCUGAAGAAGGGCCUUAUCCCAUAACAGCGGGAAACUGUACGGAAACCGGCUCUCAGCUUGGGAACAAGGAUGAUGAGGGUAUGAAUAAACAGAUCGACAGUGAACUGCUGGAGUACAGUGUUGCUGCUGGGGUUCAGACAACACUCCAGGUUUUUAUUACCCAUUCUUCCAAUGUCUUCCUUCUGGAACCAGCAAACGACAUCAAGAUUUUGUUGGAGGAACAUGUGGACAUGUGCAAACGUGUUCUAAAUAUCUACCGCAGCUUUGUAAUGCACGAGACCAUGGACCAAAAAACAUGGGAGCAGAUUCUUCUGGUGUUGUUACGAGUAACCGAAUCAGUUAUGAAAAGACCUCCGUCCAUCAUGCCACAAGGCAAGAAGAGUAACACGCUAUCUGGCAGACUGGCUGGUCCAAUCUUUCAGACAUUAAUAGUGGCCUGGAUCAAAGGGAACCUCAAUGUCCACAUAAGCCGGGAGCUCUGGGAUGACCUUCUCUCUGUUCUCUCCUCCCUCACAUGCUGGGAAGAGUUGGUCACUGAGUGGUCACUUACCAUGGAGACCCUGACCAAGGUGCUGGCCCGGAACCUGUAUAACGUGGAUCUGAACGAGCUGCCACUGGACAAAUUGAGUGAACAGAAACAGAAGAAGCAUAAAGGAAAAGGUAUUAGUUCCGAAGGCCAGAGACAGAUUGUGGAUCGCUCCUUUUCUAAGGGUUGGAGCCGAGACCAACCAGGUCAGGCAGCAGCGAUGAGACAAAGAAGUGCCACAACAGCUGGAUCACCAGGCAUCGAAAAAGCCAGAAGUAUUGUGCGCCAGAAGACUGUAGCCUUGCGUAGCUGUUCUACAGGCGACUCUCUGCUGUCCUCAGCCUUUAUUCGCAGUGCUAAGAGUGCUCCUGCUCUGGCUCCGCCUCUUCCUGUCCUCCACCACCACCACCACCCUUUACUACCCCCCCUUGCCGACCAGCUGGCAGAUCUUGAGGAUCCACCAAUUACACUGACAACUCGACCAUCUCGGAUGCGUCAUGCUUCUCAGAGUGACGAGGCUCCUCCAACAUCUUGCUCUGACGUGUUCCAGGCUGCAGCUUGCGACUUGGACCCUCCCCUCUCGUCGCCACUCGCUCGGAGCAGCAGCACAUCUGACAUCAUGGAGCCUUUCAUCACAGAGCGGGUCAAAGGUGAAGAACCACUGAAAGAUCCAGAGUUGAUCCAGAACCCAUCAUACAACCACUCCACAGUUACUUCCUUAGUCCCUGCCAAUAGCCACGCUGCCGAAACGCUCGCACACCCUUCUCACUCCCCUUCUCCCACCCCUUUCACCUCUUCCAAUGGUGUCAAAUCUUCUACCUCAGAAGGACAUGACGACUCUGGUGUCUACGACUCCCUGUGGCACCAGGUCGGCACUAAUAAGAGCAGGGGCUCUAGUUCUGAUUUUGUAGAAGACUGGGAUUCUGCUUUCACUUUUUCAUCUGAAAAGGAGAUUGAUGGCGAGGAUGGGGAUAUUGGACUGGCUGUAGAAGAUGAUGAUUUGUUUUCUUCGAUAAGGGAUUAUUUCACUCACAAGGAAGGAGGGAAAAGGAAAGUGGGAGAUGAUUGCAGUAGCCCUAGUCCAACGAUAGAGGGCAGUAUUUUCCCUCUUCUGUGCCAAAGUGAACCUGACAGUGCACAUGCUGAACACACAGGAGAGAUGGGGAAGCUCGUAGGUAAGGAAAGACAGAUGAGUGAGUCUGUGAGGCACAGCAGUGUUGACUCCACAGAGGAGAAUGAGGCAGACCAGUUGAGUAUAUACGAGUGUCUGGAGUUUCAGUGUCAAUGGCCUUCUCCAAGUGUGAAAGCCAGUUCCAGCUUAGAAAAACACAACCAUGAGAAAGACAAAAAUAGGUUUGAAGAAGAUGUGGUGGAAGGGUGGGUAGGAAAUGCAAGGAAGGAAGGUGGAGAAGAUUUGCAGUCUGUUAAAGAUUCACUUUCAAGAGAGAGCCCUUCUUUCAAUCAGCAGGAGCCGAACACAGUGGUGCAUGUCACAGAACCAGCACCAAUUCUUCAUAGUCUGGACUUAACUAAACCUAAGAUGCAUCGUAGUGGCAAGAAGCAUCAGGCCGGUGUCCAUGUGAGUUUCAGACCAUCAACUGAGUCUGUUCAGUUCCACAACCCUCUGGAGAGCAAAGAGGCCCACUGGAAAGCCAGACUGCGCCGCCUCAGUCACUUUCACACUCAUAGUCACUCAGCUGGUGAUAGACAAGUUGGUCCAUGUGGUGGGUCUGGGGGGAAGCAUGGAGUGGGUCCAGGUAAGUUUGGUUCUGUCUCAGGUAUCAGCCAAAAAAGCGGGUUACAUGACAGAUCAAGCCCUGGCUCCGUCGUUGAUAGCAAGGGUGGGGACUCGACAAAUACAGAAAGCAGAGCUGGCGACAAGGAAAAGCCACAUUCAGUGUCUUCUUCAGCGUGCGAGACCCAGUCUGAGGUCUUGACGUGCAAUCCCUCUGGGAUGACAUCUGGAGUCCGAGGUCGUUUGGGGCGCUCCGCCUUGCGUUCUCGGGCCUCAAGGUCUCGCUCCCAGGAGCCCGGAAGUACAGCCUCACGACAUCACCACCAGGGAGCUCUGCUAGGUGGUGUAUAUAAGACUGUUGUACAUGCUCUGUCCUCAAAGCCGAGGCCUCGAGGUCAGGGGUCGUCUCAAGGCUCAUCACCACAGAGGCAGGGCCGGGUUGCCAUGGGUGAUGCAUCUCUAAGAGACCUCUACUCCCAUGUCCUGGGCUACUUUGGACGAAAGACAAGCACAGCAGCGAACAAAGAGGAGGUAAACCAGAAAGCACGUCCUGUCUCCAGUGAUGUUGGGAGUAGCAACUCAAACUUCACUGACCUGGAUGAGUUCAUUCAAGAGCGGUUAAGGGCCAAAGGAACUGCAGGACGCCGUGGCAGCAGUCCGGGCAGUUUGGAGGUUCCCAGGGACCUACCUGAGCUUCUGGAAGCUGGCAGAAGUCCUGGAUCUCGACCCUCGGAUGAUCCAAGACCUGUUGAUGAUCCUGGAGUUCCUUCUGAGUGGACGUCACCUGCUAGCGCCAGCGGCUCUGAUGUCAUCAGCUCUGACAGCCAAUCUGAUUCAUUUAAUGCUUUUCAAUACGCUACAUGCAAGUUUGAUAAUUUCACUUUUAGUUCAGAAACAAGUGGAGGAGGAGUUGUAUCUGGAGGAGAUGGAGGUCGAGGCAGCUCUCUAGACCAGGACAGCUUGGGUGGUGGGGCUGCCAGCGAAGAACCUGAAGUAGCAAGUUUGACUACUCUUCACAUUGACUCAGAGACCAGCAGCUUGAGUCAUACUGUCACUGUUACGGGCUCAGAAAGUGCCUCUCCAAUGCACUCACUGGGAGGCUCCCGUUCCCAGACUCCUUCUCCUGCAACGAUGACAGCCGACCACAUCGACCACAGAACCUCACAUGCACAACUGCAAAUGGACCAGAAGCUGCACAACUCUAUGCUCCAGGCCCAGGAUGAUCUGGAAACAAGUGAGUUCCCAGGCGAGGACUGCAGCGUGAUGGCUGGUGGCUCUCUCAUUGGCUGGCAUGCAGAUGUAGCUACAGUGAUGUGGCGCCGGAUGCUGGGUAUCCUCGGAGAUGUCAAUUGCAUAAGAAAUCCAGAGAUCCAUGCUCAGGUCUUUGACUACCUGUGUGAAUUGUGGCAAAAUCUUGAAAAGAUCCGAGAUAAUUUGGGUAUUUCUCAUGACAACCAAUCUUCGCCUCCACCCCCUGUUCUGAUUCCACCUCUUAGAAUUUUAACUCCCUGGCUCUUCAAGGCAACUAUGCUGCCAGAGCGAUACAAACAAGGCAAGCUUCAUGCCUAUAAGCUGAUCUGUCGAAUCAUGAAGAGACGGCAGGAUGUUUCGCCAAACACAGACUUCUUGAUUCAUUUCUACAACAUCAUGCAUCAGGGUCUGCUGCAUCUAGACCAGGACAUUGUGAACACCAUUAUAAAGCACUGUAGUCCAAGGUUCUUCAGUAUUGGUCUCCCUGGGGCCACCAUGUUGAUCCUGGAUUUCAUCAUCGCUGCUGCUCGAGUGACAUCCUGCUCUUCACUCAAUGCACCGAGAGUGGAGGCUCAGAUACUACUUGGAUCUCUGGUGUGCUUUCCAAAUUUUUAUGGUGAGCUUCCAGCGCUUCAUCCGAACACAACUGAAGUAUUGCUCACAAAGUUUGCCGAUAUAAAGGAGCACGUUAUAAAAACUAUCCUGACCUCUGCUAGGGAGGAACCUUCUGCUCCUGCAAGGUGCGUGGCUCUGUGCAGUCUUGGCAUCUGGCUCUGUGAGGAGUUGGCUCAUGGAACGCAACACCCACAGAUUAAGGUUGCUCUCAAUGUCGUCUGUGUCACUCUGAAGUAUCCGAACAAAAAUGUAGCACUGGUGGCAUCAGACAUUCUUCACCUGCUCAUUAAUCAUGUGGAUCAUCUACAAAAAUUCCCGUCAGACACACCAAAGAAAAUUGUUGAGAUUUUGAUCGCUACCAUCACAUACCUGCUGCCUACAACUGAGUCUUCACCUCAUGAACUGGACAAAAGGCUGGUAGUUUCUCUCCUGCUGUGCCUCCUGGACUGGGUGAUGGCUCUGCCUCCUGAGACUCUUCUUCAGCCAGUUCAGACUCGCAGUCCCCCGGAGACGGAGCAUCCCACCAAAACCCUCCUCAGCUGCAUUUACAAAAUGUUGCAUGGAUGUGUGUACGGAGCACAGUCUUUCAACAGCUCAAAGUAUUUUCCCCUGAAAAUGUCAGACCUCUUCAGUUCCGACUACGACCCAUUUUUGCCCUUAGAGAGCCUCCGAGAACCAGAACCACUUCAUAGCCCAGAAUCUGAACGUUCUCACAAGCUGCAGCCAGUCACAGAAGUUCGUAGCCGUAUCCAGCAGGGUCUGGUGUCUAUCGCCGCACGGACAGUAAUCAACCAUCUAGUCAAUCACCUCGGACAUUACCCGAUGUCUGGUGGUCCUGCCACUCUCUCCAGCCAGGUGUGUGAGAAUCUAGACAACCCGUUCUGUGAGAGUGCAGAUCUCGGACCAGAACUGUUCCACUCACCAAACCUUCAGUUCCUGGUUCUGAAUGGCUCCACGCUGCUCUCUAUGCUUCAGAUUCGAUCAGAGUCUGGGGUACCAGGAGGUGGAAUGACUGCUGGUUUGUCCUCUGCACCGACCUGUGUUCGAGUCAUCAUCCGAGAUGUAUCUGGAAAGCAUUCUUGGGAUUCUGCCGUUCUCUUUGGACCACCAGCUUCUUCUCCAAGCAGCCCGCCACACACAUUGCUGGCACAAACACACUCACCAUGCACUCUGCGUUUACACACCCCUCCGGUGGACAGAGAAAACGGUGCUGGAGACAGAAAUGAGGAGUCAGAGGAGAUAAUAUGUGCGAUGGAGUGUGAAAGGCCAGACCCUGAGGGGAAGGAGAAAGGAGAAGAAGGGAAAGUCAUUGAAGUAGAGACUGAACAGCAAAGAACAGGUGUACGACAGGAGGGGGACUUGGACAAUGAUCACAGUGAGGGACAGAGGGAGCGGAGGAUGGAGUUGGAGGAAAAUAUCAAUGAGCCAGAUGUGGAGCAACUUCUCGCACCACCGAUGGUCAAACGUAUCUGUCGGGAGGUGGUGCCGGAAUGGGACUCUCUGAGGGAAGGAGAUGAUGCUCUGGAUGAAAUGCUCCAGUUUGUGGGAUACUCGAGUCCAGAGUGCCUUCAGAGGCCAGGAAUGCCACUCAACAUUCCGGCUCCUCCACCAGCUUGUGUCUCAGAGAAGCAGGAGAAUGAUGUCAUCAAUGCGAUUUUGAAGCAGAGUGCCGCUGAGAGAGAGUUUGUCAUUCAGAGAGGGGAGGGGUUAAACAUGAGAGCAGUGCAGCAGACUGAACCUGAGAGCCAAACACCUCAGUCAGCCUUCUACUACUGCAGACUCCUGAUCAACAUACUAGGACUUAACUCCUGGGAAAAGAGGACGAACUUUCAUCUAUUGAGAAAAAAUGAAAAGCUGCUGAGAGAGCUGAGAAAUCUGGACUCGAGGCAGUGUCGUGAGACUCAUAAAAUAGCAGUGUUCUAUGUGGCUGAGGGCCAAGAGGACAAGCACUCUAUUCUUACCAACACUGCUGGCAGUCAGGCUUAUGAGGACUUUGUCUCUGGACUUGGGUGGGAGGUUGAUCUGACGACUCACUGUGGCUUCAUGGGAGGCCUCCAAAAAAAUCGCAGUACCGGCCAGACCACACCAUACUAUGCCACUUCCACCACUGAGGUCGUCUUCCAUGUGUCCACAAGAAUGCCACAUGACCAAGAUCACAAUCUAACAAAAAAGCUUCGACAUCUCGGUAAUGACGAAGUCCACAUCAUUUGGUCUGAGCACUCUCGAGAUUACAGGCGAGGGAUCAUCCCAACUGAGUUUGGAGACGUCCUCAUUAUCAUCUACCCCAUGAAGAACCACAUGUAUUCCAUCCAUAUCUUGAAAAAACCAGAGGUGCCAUUCUUCGGUCCUUUGUUUGAUGGUGCAAUUGUGGACAUGAAAAUUCUGCCCACCAUGGUUCGAGCCACAGCGAUCAACGCCAGCCGAGCCUUGAAAUCACUCAUCCCUCUGUACCAGAGCUUUUAUGAGGAACGCGCCCAAUAUUUGGAGAACAUAGUGCAGAAUUACCAAGAGCCUACCACCUUUGAGGACUAUGCAGCUAGAGUCUACAGUCCAGCACCGUGCACACACCUGCCCACGGACACAGGCUCAUGCCUCGAGAUUCAUCGGGGAGAAAGUCCGGCACUUGGGGAGGCCGGGAGCGACUCGGCGUCCCCUAUGUCUCCCCGGACUAGCAAAAGCCGCAUGUCCAUGAAGCUGCGUCGCUCCUCUGGAUCCGCCAACAAGACGUAAGCCGCAGCAUAUCACAAGAGCGGCACCAUCAUGUCGCCUCAGUCAGGCAACACGUCCACUUUACUCCCAGUGUGUAACCUCGAAAAAAAACUGUUUGAUGAAUAUGUAUAUUUGUACUAAAUCACAUCUGUAUUUAACACACAGCUGAGUUUUGCCACAAAGGUGGCACCUGUAUAUUGUUGCAUGGAAACACACGUUAUUUAAAAUAUUUUUGCUCACAGACGAUGUGGUUUCUGUAAAACAGCUGCCUGAUGCAAAGAAAGUUCCAACGACAAGAAAGAGAAUAUUUUACUUUCUUACAAGCUGAACAAAGAAAUUAUUUUUGCUGAUGCUGUAAAACAAGAAUAAGCACUGAUGUUAUUGUAACUCCACCUCUCUCUCACCAGAAUGUUUCUGUAUAUUUAGUUACGUUCGAGUCUGAAUAUAUAAAGUAGAUAAAUGAGAGUGUACAGCGGAGACGCUUGCUGUGUGUAUUUACUGUUCUUUUGAGAAGAGCUGCCAAAGUCACACACGAGUUGACACUACAGUUUGCACCCAAUUUAACAGCUUCAAUCAUUCGCCUGUCAAUCUCAUCGUGUGUGAAGCACCUAAGAAUCGCUGUUGCUGUGUCGUUUUGUGAUCUAACAAAAGCUCAGAGUCAGAGGCCAAAGAACAGAGACGUACUUAUGACUUUUGAGUGAAGAGUGAAGGAAACGCUACAGUAAUCCCUUCACAAAGGUUUACAAAACCAGUUUAAGAACUUCUGAGAAAGUGCUUGUUCAUAAAAGCAGAACACGUCCCAACACAUCCAACUUUGAUCGACACUGUCAGUAGAUUCUCUAAAUAAUGAACACAUUUAUUGAGGCAGUAUUUUCUUUUCACGAUGAAGAUUGUCCUAAAUGUUCUCCUGCAACACUUAAAACACACGUCUUUCACGCAAAUGACAAAAAUAAUGUCGGCCUAAAACCUGUUGUCACAUGUGAAUUAUUUAUAGAUGUUUAACAGCUUCCUUGUAUACCAUUACGACGCAACACUACUGCUGAAUAUGGGAUUUUAUUUUGAGUCCUCGCUCCGACAUGCCAGGCAGCAGAAUCACAAGCCAUGUGCCUUUCAGAUUAGUAUUUUAGUGACAGCUGUUCUGAUCCCGUCAUGACUCACUAUUGCAGAUGAUCUGAAUAAGCUGUUUGAUGUUGGCAAGUGGAUUUUAAUCAGAAACACCUUCAGAUAAGCAGUGUGCUCUGCUUUUUUUUUUUUUUUUAAUUAAGAACAAUC